AUGGCGGAGAAAGAGUUCACGGCGCCCAAGGCCACCGCCCUGCAGCACACGGUGGCAUCGCAGCUGGGCGGUGCCACGAGCACGAUUCUGCUCUAUCCGGUAGAUGUGGUAAGGAUUCGGUUCACCUCGCAAGAUGGCACCCACACGCGUGAACACAACGGACAAACGUAUCGCAGUAUCGUAAAGGCGUUCCAGCUCAUCUACCGCGAGGAGGGCGGCCUGCCUGCCUUUUUUCGCGGCUGCCACGUGUCUGUGUGUGGCACGGCUUGCGCAUGGGGCGUCUACAUGUACCUUUAUCGACGCCAGUGGACCUGGUACGAAGCGUGGCAGGCGAAGCGCCGUGAAGCUCACCGCAGUGGAAGCGGUGGGUCGAGGUUCUCGGAGCCGGGGUCGCCCGCCGCAUGCUAUGCGGCGACGUGGCAGAACCUUCUUGAGCGCUUCGGUUUUUCCAUAGUCGCCAGCUGCACCUCGGCGGUGGUGUGCAAUCCCAUUUGGCUCCUCAAAACACGCAUGCAGCUGGAGGAAGCUUCCGCGCGGACAGCAGACGUGCCGCGCAACUUCCGCACGUUCCGCGGGGGGCUGUUGAACACAGUGCAGACUACCGGGGUUCGUUCGCUGUGGCGCGGCGUGUCGGCUCAGAUGGUGCUUGCCGUUCCGAACGCCUUCAACCUUCCUUUGUACGACACAAUCAAGGCCGCCGUCAUAGGUGUCAGGAGGGGCGAGGUGUCCGUGCUCGACGUGUGCGUUUGCUCCACCGUGACAAAGGUUGUCCUGGCACUCGUUUGUCAACCGGUGCUGGUCGUCAAGACGCGCUUGCAGGACCACCGCGCGCGCACAGGGGAGCUUCAAUACCGGUCUUUUCUGCAGUCCAUCCGGGCGAUGUGGAAUCAGGGUGGACUGGCCGCCUUCUACCGCGGCACCGUGCCGUCAAUGUGCCAGACAGUCCCUCGCUCUGUCUUCAUGUUCGUUUUCUACGAGCACUUUCUGAAGGCGGCGCAGCACAUCUCACCCUGA